GCUUGCGCUAAAGACACGUGCUGGACAGUUAGAGGAAUUGAAACAUCAAAGUAUUUACCACGAUAAAGAAAAUAGCGAAAAUUAAAAUUAAACUAGCGAAAGGUAACGGUUAAUGUGUUCACUCGAAACUUAGUUCCGCGGCCGCGUUGCGCCAGAAUUUGACAAAGCUGAAGACGACGUACGCGCUAUCGUUGCAGAUCUCGACGCUGUCUCGCUCCAAACUAGGAAAUAUCUUUGCUGUGUCUCGGUUGGCUGUGGCUGCUGGACUGUGCUGGUCCGUGAAUGCAUGGUUUCCACCGGUACAGCCCGACUUGUAGCCGCAAAACGGGUGACGCUGGCUGUUGAAACGGCUUUUUAGGCUGCAUGUUUCAGAGCUUAUCCUUGAAGUAGCACCACCAUGGGCGUUGAAGUCGAGACAAUAUCUCCCGGUGAUGGAAGAACAUUUCCAAAGAAGGGCCAGACAUGUGUUGUGCAUUACAUAGGUAUGCUGCAGAAUGGGAAGAAGUUUGACUCCUCUCGAGACAGGAACAAGCCCUUUAAGUUCAAGAUAGGACGGAUGGAGGUCAUUAAAGGCUGGGAGGAGGGAGUAUCACAGAUGAGCCUGGGCCAGAGGGCAAAAAUCACCUGCACACCAGAUAUGGCUUAUGGAGCAACAGGCCACCCCGGGGUCAUCCCCCCGAACGCCACGCUUGUAUUCGAUGUGGAACUGCUCAAGCUGGAGUGAAUGCCCGGGGCUAAAUGCGAAAGGUUGAAGGUUAAUGAAGCUGCGUUCGCCACAACCUGUUUCCACAGGGAGACCAUACUCGGCUGCUGCCUCCCACCAUCCACAUACUUUUCUUCUUCAUUAAUUUCUACGGUCUUCUUUAGUUCGAUACUUAAACGUAUGUACUGCUGCUUUGUCGCCAUCUUGUCAUAAUAGAUACUGCAAGAAAACACACACGCCAUUCUUUGGUUUCCGUGCGUUAGUCAGAGAUGCUGUUUUGUUGAAUUUCAUUUAAAGUUGUACAUUUUGUUGAACCAUGAGGAAAUCAGUCAUCUGAUGGAAAGCCGUACUACAUUUCAAUCAGAACAUAUACUGCCUUACAGUUUCAACAACAGAGGAAGGGUACAUACUGUAUGUUGAAAGAACAUAACUUCUGCUCUGUAUCUUAACUGGGCAUUAUAUACCACUGUCUGCAUUGCCACUUUGAUAAAGGUUUGUCCUGCUGAAUGCUCUGAAUGAUGUUGCUAUGUUUAGUAUAUUUUAUAUCCCUCAUAAACAUUUACUGCAAGUGUGCCCUAUCCAAUCUAACCCAGUCCAAUACUGUACAUAACUCUGUAAGAGCCAUUGCUACUAUGACAGUUUAUUGACCAACUCUUGAAUAAAAAUGGCAUGUACUGUGUUGAGA